GCAGGGGAAUGAUCCUUGUACCUUUGGAUCCACACGAUCCCCUGGUGCGGCUGCGGCACGUGUUGUCUGAAGCCCAGGCUUCAUGUUGUGUUACCAAAGACUGGGGCGAUGCCAAGAAGCUGUUGGAAGCCUUGGAAGCUCCGGUCUCUGGCUAUGGCUAUGCAUCCAAUGCCAUUGAGGUCAUCGAUCUGAACCUGGCCUUUCCUCUGACAGAUCUGACAGAGGAACUGGAACUGAGCCAGCUGCAACCACUGCAACCACUACCAGACUCCGUGGCAUACAUGUGGUUCACUAGCGGCUCAACGGGGCAACCGAAAGGUGUCCUGGUCUCGCAUCGGGCUUUCUGGAACUGGUGCAUGGUGAAAAAUGCGCCUCAAGGCAUCACUCCCGAGAGCGUGGUGCUGAUUGCAUCAGCCUCAACCUUCGAUCCCUCCAUUGGUGAUAUUUUUGCUACCUGGGCAGUGGGCGCUGCAGUGGCUGUGGCCCCACGCAUGUUGUUUUUCGCCAAUCUGGGCUGGGCCAUCCAACGCUUGGGGGUGACGCAUCUCACCUGCACGCCGUCCUUGUGGCAAUCCCUGGAGGACCUGGAGCUACCAAACCUCACAGUCUGCCUGGGUGGAGAACGGUCGCCACAGCCUUUGCUGGACCUAUGGGCGUCCAAGUUGACCCUGCUGAACACCUACGGCACCACGGAGUGCACAGUGUGGCAGACUUUGCGGCGAAUGAAGCCGGGAGACAAGGCUACUUUGGUGGGCUGCCCCUAUCAGGGCAAUGAGAUCCAAAUCCUUGAACGCGACGGCAUGAAGGUGAUGGACGCUGGUGAAGUGGGAGAGAUUGUGCAGGGCGGCGUGCAGGUUGGGAUUGGCUACCACAAUCGACCGCAACUUACCGCUGAGAAGUUCAUCGAGAUCCCUGGCCGGGGGCGCUGGUACCGUACUGGUGAUGGUGGGGUGCUUCAUGGGAACGAGUUGGAAGUGGUGGGCCGAUUUGACAGCCAGGUGAAGAUUCGAGGUAUGCGAGUGGAGCUGGGAGAAAUUGAAUCCGGUGUAGUGAAGGCAGCUGCCGGGCUGCUCAGCAAUUGUGCAGUGAAACUACGUGAUGGUGGCUUCCUGGUGGCUUACUGCCAGGUUUCCACCGCUGCUGCCGUCAUGAUGCACGAGUCCUAUUGCAUUCUGCCCGUCAUGAGUGACUUCCUGCUGCAACGGUCUAGCAAAGAACUGCCUCGACACAUGUUGCCCAGCAAGUUCAUCCUGAUGCAACGACUUCCUUUGACACCUAAUGGGAAGGUGGACGGCAAGGCGUUGCCGGAAGCGGUGGAUGCUUCCAGUUGUGCCUCCACAUCCCUGACGUCCUUGGAGCGAGUGGUCGCCACCGUCUGGGAGGAGGUCCUGGGCCGGAAGAACCAAUCUAUCUCGCCCAACGACCACUUCCUGGCACUGGGGGGGCAUUCCAUGUCUGUCCUGCAGGUCUCCCGGCGGCUACUGAAACUGGCGGCUGCAGCUGGGCAAGAUGUGAGCCCUGCCAGUCCUUUGGGCAUGUUGUUGGCUCCUGAGAAGUUGAUCCAUUCACCGCGGCUGCGGAUCUACUGCCAGAUGUUGGCGCGGGGAGGUGUGCGCUUGAUGGAGACGGAUGGUGAUGUGGUGAUGGGUGAGCCCAUCAAGGAAGAAGAUGCUGCUGAGCUGCGGAUCAACUACGUGAAGCACAAGGUGAAGCAAAAGGAUCAAGACCCAGAACUGGACCAUGCCGCAUGGGAGCAGGUGCCAGUAAACGGAAGCGAACUUCUGCUGUGUCGUGCUGCCGAAGCUGGGCUGUUGCCUCUGGUGCAGCUCCUGCUGUCCGAGGGAGCCAAUGUGGAAGGAGGCUCCUUGGAAGGCCAGUACGCAAGACAUGGCUCCACACCACUGAUUCUGGCCGUGAUGGGGAACCACAUCUGCUGCGCCGAAGAGCUGGUCGCCCACGGUGCCCUGAGCGAGCGCCGGGACGCGCAUGGGCAACCGGUGCUGCAGAAGGCGGCGGAGCGCUGUGGGGAACGCAUGGUGGAGAUCCUGGUGGAGGCCCGUGCGGAUGUGGAGUCAGUAGCCGGGAGCACAGUCGGCGCUCAAAGCAUAGUGACAUUGCUGGUGGCCAAAUCACACGGAAGGAUGGGAUGAUGAUGGGAUGUACCAAAUAGGAAGAUUAUCGAAGUGGAGAACCCGCAGGAAACCAGAUAUUCGAAGUAAUUAAUUAAACACAUCCCAAGGAAAACACAUCUCAAUGCCCAUGGCCCACUGAGGACACUGCUAGCCGCAGUACGGCUCUACAUGCUGCAGCCAAAGCAGGGAACGUGGCAUCGACCCGAGCCCUUUUGAAGAGUUCCGCGCGAAUGGAUUGGUUGGACCGCUGGAACCGCACAGCGCUUCACUGGGCCAUUUUCCAUGGUCGCGUGGACGUGUGCCAAGCCCUGCUGGAUGCUGGGGCCAAAACCACUGGGACGCUGGGAGAGCAGGGCGGCCGAAUUCGGAUGGCUGAUGUGCCCUGUGGCAACCUGCCCAACCGUGUGUCCAAGUUGGCCAACAGCUUUGUAACACCACUGGCGUUGGCGAAGGAACGCUUUCCCUCCGGGGGUCCAGUGGUGGAUUUGUUGGCUUCCCGUCCCAAAUCCUGACCUUCCGAAGCUUCGCCGGCUUCGCCGGCUUCGCCCAUGCCCAUGGUGUCCCAUGGGUGUCCCGGCUCGACGAUGUGACGAUAUGUGACGAUGUGAACGGAGGCCAAGGUCAUCGGAUGUCGGUCGUGGUCCAAGGUCCAACUCGAGCAGAUCUCGAUCUCGGACUGCGAUUUGCUGAGGGUUGUGCUGAUGGACCUGUGCUGAUGGACCUGUGACAACUGUCGUCUCAGAGCAGAGUGUACCUGGAGAUUUUGGAUCUCAUCCGAGUCGCAUCCGAGUCUCCGAGUUGAACGUGGUGGAAAAGGAUUGCUCAAAUGACA